AUGAAGGUAAGUGUAGUUAAUACGUUUGGACAUCAACACCACAAGACUGGGUUUGCCUUCUCUAUGAGAUACUCAUCUUCUCCGUUAGGCUAAAAUACUUGUUUCUGCAGCAGCUAGAGCUGCUUUUAGAGAAAGUGAAUUCCAACAGUGUUUUCCCAGCUCCCUUGCCCAGCUCUAACCGGCCCCUGCGCAGGGUGCCCGUUGUGGCCCCGGGCACGCCCUCACCGCUGCACUUGACGCCAGCAAGUGGGCGGCGAUCAUGGCACGGCCAGUGGGGCCUGGAGCCCCGGUGCUGGGUGAGGGGCAACGAGGACGGGGCGGAGGCGGCCCUGCCUGGCUACCCGGCGCUGGAACAAAGGGGCUUCUUGAAGCUCGCCAGCAAUGCCAUCCUCCUCUGCCAGCUCCCGCGUGACACGCCCUGCCCGACGCCUCCCAGUGGCCGGAGGCUGUGCAAAGCCUCAGGAGGAAGGCGGCUGCUCAGCUGCCCAAGUUGA